UGAUCACACCUGCACCUGUUUUUUGUGAUUGCUGCCCCGCCCACUCUUUGACUGGAAGGAGAGCAAGUGCAUGAAUUUGUUUGUGCUGUUUCUUUCGUUCUUUUCUCCCAUCAUUGUUGCAACAUGCUUUGGUUUCUGAUUUUCUACUGGUUUAUCCAAGUGGGCAGUGUUCCCAUCGACAAUUCCACAAAUGCUACUACUUCAAAUGCUACUUUCCCUGCCACAGUGGACAAUACUACCAUCCCUAACAAUUGUAAAAAUGCAACUUUCUCUGCAACAGGUUCUACUGCCUCAAUGGGGCCACGUCACAGACAAAAUGAUUGGGUUAAAACGGCUGAAACCAGAGAAGAGGGCUUACAGCUCGACCUUGCUAUCACGGAGGGAGACAUUCUGAUUUCGGAAGACCGAUUAGCUGUGAAGUCACUUUGGCCGGUGAAUGAAGGCGUGACUUCUAUCCCCUACAAGAUCAACGAUGAUCUGGUGGCCAGAAAGGAAACUAUCCUAGCAGCGUUCAAGAUGAUUUCAGACCGGACUUGUAUCCGCUUCCACGAAUACACCAAUGAGAUUAACUACAUAGAGUUCAUCUCUGGGACAGGCUGUGCGUCAUAUGUAGGUUUUCAGGGCGGGGCCCAGCAUCUGUACUUCGGUAGCGCCUGUAACGAGGGGAACCUGUGUCAUGAGCUGAUGCAUGCCCUGGGCCUGCACCACGAACACACACGGCCGGACCGUGACCAAUACGUCACCGUACAGUGGGACAACGUGGUCACAGGAAAAGAAAGUAACUUCAUGGUGAAGGAAGGAGACACUCAGGACCUGCCCUAUGACUACGACUCCAUAAUGCACUACGGAACAUAUUACUUCUCAUCAAACCAGAACCCCACCAUUGACUCCAAGAAGAGGGGAGUCCAGAUUGGACAGAGAAAUCACCUGAGCCCCCUGGACAUAACACGCCUUAACAAACUCUACCAAUGUGAAUAACAAUGCACAGUUUAGCACUUAUUACACCAUCGAUGAAGAUUCCAAUACCACUGCUGUCGACUGAAGAUUCCAACACAAAAGGCACUGACAUCUAACUUCUCUUCACGACAAUGAAUUGGAGUUGGGCAAGUCCCUUAAAGCUUUCUGAUUAUGUAUUCUACGUGUCUCUGUUUGCAUGCAGUAGUUUGCUCUUGCUGCCAUGAAUUAGGCCUAUACCACUGCACUUGUCUUGGAAAUAAAUACAAUUCCCUAGACUGAAAAGAA